AUGAGCGUCUCUGGUUCCAAGCCGGCCUUUUCACCCAAACCGCCACCACAGCCAUCACCCCAAGGGGGGUUAGCAAAGCAGGGUGUCAGCGCUCAGGAUGCAUUGGUGGGUUCAAAUAGAAUAGAACCUGCUGUAGAGAUCGGCAAAGGGUCAACAGCAACAGCAGCACCUAUGGCCAAGACCAAACCUCUUCUUCGAAAACCCCUCCCAGUCCCGGUGCUGGAGAGACUCAAUUGUCCCCGUCGGAGCGUGCUACCGCUGCUCUCACCAGAGCAAGAACUUACAGGCAAAGGUGUAGGCAAAUUGAAACAGCGGCUCGCGCCAUUGCAUCGAAGGAAAUCCGACGUGGACGGUCGCUUUCGUAGAAGAUCCCGUAACCUCAGCAGUGCCCAGAGAAAGCCUGCCUCGUCGGGCCAAGAACCCAGCUUGGCGAGACGAAGGAGCACUACCCCUGAUGCAUCCCGACCGAGCACUACCAGCAACACAAAUACGGCACGUGAAGGAGUGCCAAGCAGCCGGACGUCCUUCAGCAGCGAGACCGCGACGGACCCGGGGGCUGAUCAGGCCCAACUGAAGGCACGGUUACGGGUGAUGGAGUGGAAACGGCGAAGAGCAGAAGAGUUGGAAAGCCAACAAGAAGAGCAGGCUACUCAGGAGCACAGGCAGCAGGCAGAAGCGGAGACGGAGGCCGCCAGAAAACUAGCAGCGGCCCGAGCCGAAGAGGCGGAGCGACGAAUUCUCGCUGAGCAUAACAAUUCGGCGGAUGCCGUCCGAGCGUCAGAAGCCGCCGAGAGGUGGGCUAAGGCUUCGCGGGAGAGAGAACGUAGAAGGGCGGAGAUAUACGCUAUCAACGCGGUCAUGAGAGCCGCUUUUGAAAAGGAGUUCAAGGCAUAUAGCUUGGAACAAGAGAACCGUGUGACGCAGGCAUCUGCGCCCGACGUCCCAGAUCUACAGCCUGCUGUGGACAAUGUGACCCCUCCGCGACAGUAGUAGUGUUACCAUGGGUUUGUCCUGAUGUUUCUUGGGGCAGCGAGAGGAGACAGCAUUACGUUGACGGGGGCAUUGGGGGACGAUAGUGAUUGGUCGUUUCUAGUUACGGUUAAGUUUACCUAGUAUAACGUACAUGUGAAAUAGAAUAUUACCAUUUUUUUGUUUUCUUUCGCGAGUGGGGACUGCCUGCGUUUAACGGGCCACACGAGCUUUGCUCUACAGGCUUGCUUGAUUGAUUGAAGUUGUUUCAAUGCUUGUAUCGUCGGAGGCCCCUUGUUGAGUGCUGUAACACAAAUUGUACUUGAGGUUGUGGUACUAUUAAGGGCAAGUGUCUCGUACAUUCCUAUAGUGCACUACCUAGCGCUGGCUAGAUUUUUGGGUUUUGUGCAGACGUGCCUCCUCAUUCGUGCGUUCUACACAGCAGGUGGGAGAGAGGGUGUGGAGAGACAACACCACCAGUAGAUGAAAACCUUGUGCUUUUGGGCUCUUUUGAAGCCGACGUUCCUGUGUGUGAAUAGUAUGCGGGUUAAUCUGUAUUCCGGUUGUUUUGGUGUUUUGUUGAUUACCAUAUGGAUGCCUCUGACGUUUUACGCACGCAAGGGAAAUCAAUCGUGCAAAGCUGUAGAAGAGGCAUUGAGAGAACAUCUGCAGGCUAGCUAGUCAUUUUCUGGCCUUGGUGACCAGCGGGGUCUUGAUGAACCGUUGGAGCAC